GUUGUAUGUAGCACUAGUUUCGGGCUCAUUAAAGGUUGAACGAAUAAAGAAAAUUGAGUAUUUAUAAAAUGAGCGAGGAAUGAAGAGUUCCAAAAUAGGCGAAAGAAGGAAUUUAUCGAAAAAGCUCUGGGAACAACUAGAAUUCUUCUGUGAAGACGUAUUGACGUAUUUUCUCACGCACGUGACGCACAACUCCCAACGCCGACAGAAUGAAGUCGAUGCUAAUCUUAUUCAUUUCAUAUUGUCUCCUUUGCCAAGGUUACGCUCUUUUUUGUUAUAACUGCACUUCAAAUUCUCUCAAUCCUGAUCCGCAAUGCAUGGGAAAGCAUUUGAGCAAUAAUUAUCUAUCUGAGUGUCCUCCUCAUAUGAAAUACUGUAGAGUGCAAAGAACUACUGCUACGAUACUGACGUAUCGAUCGACACUAACAAUUCGAGAAUGCAGCGCGACUCCAGUAUACAGAGAAGAUUGUGUUUAUACAAGACGGAUGGACACUAUAACUUGUUUCAGUACUUGUAAAACAGAUGCUUGCAACAAGGGCAACAAUGCGAAGACGAUAUUCCCGUGCAUUUUACUAAUGCUCACAUGUUUGAUUGCUAGCGUCAUCUCGCGGUGGUGAAAGUCUUCAACCAGAUGUCCGCAGGAACAAAUUAUUUCUACUUUAUGCAAGUGUAUAUGAACGAGAAAGUCAAGAAAACUCAUAAGCCAUUGGCUUGUUGAAAAACAAGCUUCAACAGCUUUAAUAUUGAGUAGUUCGAUUGUGAUAAACAUUGAAAUUGUGCACUUUUGAUUUGCUGGGAACCUCCAAUGACCAAACUAAUGAUGGAAUUAACUUAAGAAUGGACGAUUUCGUACUCAAGUAGUGUGUGUACAAGGUUAGGGUCCGAUUUUCUUUAUCUAAUUCUAUUACAAGUUCGGGACUGUCUGUGAUUGCCAAGUGAAUAUACCCCCUGCCAAUAGGUUUCAGUCUCUUUACACAAUUGAUGUGAAGUAGGCGAACAAAAUUAGUUACCUCCAUAUUUGUACACAUGCUUCUGGAGCGCUCAAAAUUUAUGACCUUGAUAGUUUAUCUGUAUAAGAGAAAGAUUGAUGGAAUAGCCUUCUUGAAAAAUAAUUUAUUGGAAAUUAAAUAGUGCCUGGAAUUAUUUAAUUAUUUUUAAGAACCAUUAUCGUAUGGUUAAACGAGAAUUGUUUUUAUUUUCAUUUGUUUUUAAUUAUCUAAUAUUUGAAUUUUUAAUAUUAUUAUCAUAUUUUAUUUAUACCUAACGGACGUUCUUUCUAGUUUAUCAUUAAUUUUGUAAUUUUCAGAAUCCUGUUUGCUAACUAAGUUGUUUAACCCAGAACCUUUAUCGAAAUGACUGAAAUAAAAUUACUGCAAAAGCAU